AUAUAUAUAUCAAAAUAUUGUCUCUACUUGUCGGGUAGAUACAUAACCUCAAAAUAAGUGUUGUAAGAAAAUAAGCAUACAUUUUUUAAACCUGUAAUUAAUAAAGAUUAAAAAAAUGUCACUACCAAUUCUAACACUCACUCGAGGUAUAUCCACCUCCAGCACCCUGUGUGGUAAAAGAAACAUCAGGAAAUUUUUGUUCUACGGAAAAGCUGGUACAAGAGAUUUCAAGGAGAGACAACGAGUAAAACCUCAUCCAUUGAUCCCUAUAGCCAAACGAGGAGUCAGAGAUACAGGGUAUGAAAAAGACGGCCUUUGGAUCGACGUCCCAGAAAUGAUCCCCGAGCUCGUUGUACCAGACCUCAAAGGCUUCGAGCUUCAACCCUACGUGUCUUACCGUUCGACAGUCGAGAAGCAGCCAAAGUUCACUGCAGAGUUGUUGUUCGACCUGAUUUACGCAGAAAAAAUAAAACAAGAUUUCCAGGCUGGAAAGCUGGACGAGAACGGGCAGCCCCUGGAGCCGAGCAUUGAAGAGUCUCUGACUCCUGAAGAAGCUCUGGCGCAAUCUCAAAAAACAGGAAGCGACUUGUUUACUCACGAAGCUCCUCCUUCGUUCGGGUGGCCAAUAAAAAAUGAAAAUGAACAAGAAAAAUAGAAAAAUUAUAACAAUUGAACAGUUAUUAUUUUAAUUAAUUAUUCUGUUUAUUUUUAUCUUUAUUAUAUAUCAUUUAUUGUCGUAGAACGUGAUUAUGUAAGUAUUUUCACAUGUAUAAUUAAUUGUUAUUGAACAAUUAUUUCAUGCGAGAUACUAAAAACUAGUGGACCUAUUUCAUAGUUUUUUUUUUCGUUUAUAAAUCACCAUCAUAAAAAGCAAUUGGACUUAAAAAAAUUCUACUAGCCUCUUUGUAUAUAUUUAUUCAAUAAUAACUUUAAUAUCGUUAAUAA